UCAAUUUAUUUAUUUUCCAAUCUUGAUUAAAUUAUCUUUGUCAAAUGGAAAAUAUGAGAUUCAAAGUUGAAACUGUGACAAGUAGUAAACUAAAAGGAACAACGUGGGAAGAUGUUGAUGUUGGUGAUAUUGCAAUGAUUUUUAUUUCUCAUGGAAGAAUAGUUAGCCAUCUCCAAUUUUUAUAUGUCAAAGAUGGAAAAUUUUCUCCAUCAGUGAGACAUGGCGAUCUUAUAGAAAAUCUUGACAUUAUCAAGCUGGAUUAUCCAACAGAAUAUUUGAUUGGAAUAAAUGGUCGACAUGGAAUAAUUGGAACAGAUAGAGUUUUGAAAUCAAUUACGUUUGUGACAAAUAAAAAUUCAUAUGGACCAUUUCCAAAAAAUAAACCUACUUAUAUGGCAAGUGAAGACACAGAAUUUAAUAUAAAUGCAUUGGAUUAUGGUUGGCUCAAUGGAUUUCAUGGCACAAUUUAUGGUAAUCAACUUGAAAGUUUUGGAGUUUACAUUAAACCAAUGCCAAUUAUUACAACUCCAAAAAAAGAUAUUGAUUAUGAAAAAAUUGAUGUAAUUGAGGGUUGAAUGUGCAAAUUGUAAAAGUUCAUGUAUGUACUUGUUAUAUAAAUAAUAUAAAGAUCUGUCGAGGUUCAUGAAAAAAAGAUAUUUAUUUUUCGUGUCAAGUCAAGAGCUUUAGCACAAUGUACUGUGUAUGUGUAGACGAGUUUGAAUGGGAGAAGAAUAAAGCAGUAUAUCUUUUAUGU